UUCAUAAGUUUGCCGCUAGUCUAAGUAGACGUUGUUAAAUUCGGCACCGUAGCGGAAACCGUCUCUCUCAUUGUGGAAAGCAUCCAUCGCCAUGGCUCCCAAGAAGGAUGCGAAGUCAAAGUCGGCCCCAUCCAAGUCGGCGCCAGCCAAGAAGAAGGAGGGAGGAGGUGGUAAGGCCAAGAAGAAGAAGUGGUCCAAAGGAAAAACCCGUGACAAGUUGAACAACCUUGUUCUCUUUGACCAGGCCACAUAUGAUAAGCUGUACAAGGAAGUCCCAGCCUACAAGUUGAUCACACCUGCAGUCGUCUCUGAGCGUCUCAAGAUCAGAGGAUCUCUGGCACGCAAGGCCUUGACUGAAUUGCAGCAGAAGGGAUUGAUCAAGCAGGUGGUGAAGCACAGUGCCCAGCUGAUCUACACCAGAACCACCAAGACUGAUGAUGCUGUGGUAGCCGCAUAAAUUGUGUAUUAGAUUUCCAGUAUACAAUUUUGCGAACCCAA